AGGGAGGGAGGGAGAGGGAGAGAGAGAGACAGAGACUGUCUGUAAUGAACCGGAUCUAUCAGAAAUAUUGCACCAAUUCCGCAGCAAAGCAAUGGAGACACCAAUUAAUUUUAAUCACACUUUAAAACGAGUCAAUUGCUUUUAUGGAGGGGAGGGGGGAGCGCGGUUUCAGGCCAGUUCUAAGCCGCUCUCCCAUCCCCUCCUCCUCCUACAAAAGCUCUGCUUAAAUUAGACUCCCGUUAAAAGUAUGGGUGGGAGUGGGGAGGGAGCGGGAGAUUUUGUCUCUGAUCGAGCGGAAGGUAACCAGGAUUAUUUUGACGAGAGCCGCUGCACGUACUUCGAGGCAGAACGUUUGGGAGAAGAGUGCAAUAAAAAGCCACCAUGUUGACGCGACUCUUCAGCGAGCCCAGCCUGAUCCCAGAAGUUCAGAAAUUCUCCAGCUGGGCAGACGACUGCGACGACGACGACGACGAGGACGACGAGGCCAGCGAUAAAGAUGAGCGGAAGGGCAAGAGCUGCCCUCUCCAGGACGAGCAGACCGACGGGGAGGCCAAAGACGACCACGACUUAGGGGGCGAGGAGGAGGAGGAAGAGGAGGAAGAAGAAGGGGUCGAGGAGGCGGAAGGGGAUCGCCCCAAGAAACGGGGCCCCAAAAAGAGGAAGAUGACCAAGGCCCGGCUGGAGCGCUCCAAGUUGAGGCGCCAAAAGGCCAACGCCCGCGAGAGGAACCGCAUGCACGACCUGAACGCCGCCUUGGACAACCUCCGCAAGGUGGUGCCUUGCUACUCCAAGACUCAGAAGCUGUCUAAGAUCGAGACGCUGAGGCUGGCCAAGAACUACAUCUGGGCCCUGUCGGAGAUCUUGCGCUCGGGCAAGAGGCCGGACUUGGUGUCCUACGUGCAGACUUUGUGCAAAGGCUUGUCGCAGCCCACCACCAACUUGGUGGCGGGCUGCCUGCAGCUCAACUCGAGGAAUUUCCUGACCGAGCAAGGCCAGGAGGCCGGCAGGUACCACGGGCCCAACUCCACCUUUGCCAUGCACCCUUACACCUACCAGUGCUCGCGGCUCUCCGGCGCGCAGUGCGCUUCCAGCACCAUGGCUAGCUCCCACGCCCUGCGGACGCACGCCUACUGCGCCACCUACGAGUCGCUCUAUGGGAACGCGUCGCCAGACUACAAUAGCUCGGAAUACGAUGGGCCCCUGAGCCCUCCUUUGUGCGUGAACGGGAAUUUCUCCCUCAAGCAAGACUCUUCCCCAGACCACGAGAAAAACUACCACUAUUCUAUGCACUACUCCGCCCUCCCGAGUUCUCGCCCGUCCGGCCACAAUUUGGUCUUCGGGUCUUCUGGGAUGCGCAGCGGCGUCCACUCGGAGAACGUUUUGCCUUAUGAGAUGCACCUCCACCACGACAGAGGUCCCAUGUACGAGGAGCUCAAUGCUUUUUUCCAUAAUUAACGACUCCUCCCGCCUUUGGGCUCCCCUUCUGGUUCCACACCUAACCAGGGCCACCUGUAGAUCCCCAGUGGGUUGCGUUCGCGAAAGGGAUAGGCGUGUGUGUGGUUCUGUGCGCGCGCGUGGGCGAUUUUUAUUUGGGGUGGGGGGGCAACGGUCCUUGGCCUUCUCGAAGCCCCUGCUCGCCUCUUCCCGAGAGCUGCAACUUUGCAUUCAACUGUGAGCCACUUUCCCUCGCAGUUAGAGAGAACUAAUCUAAAUAAUAAUAAUAAUAAUAAUAUUAACAACAACAACAAUAACACCCAUCCCUAAACCUAUUGAGCCGGGCGUACUUGUUUCAAAGCAGCGUGUGGAAGGCGGGUUCAGCCCGAUCUACAAGACACUUAGGCCGAAGCCACGGACUUGACUCACUUCGAAUCCGCUGGGAUUCGACGGGGUCGAUUCUGUUUGAAGUCAAUGGUCUUCGGCUUAAAUGAGGAGUCGACGGAGCUGAUGAAGCGCCCUGUUUCCUAUGGGACUCCUUACUUGACUGGGAGUUGGGGUGUAAACCGGAUCUGAGACCUGGUCUCCUCCUCUGCCCCAAUUACUAAUAAAAGAAAUCUGGUGCAAUAUAUGCUCUAAUGCAAUUUUAUAUAUAUGAGAAAGCAAACUAUAUAGCUUCGUGGACUGUUUAGCUGAGGUCUUGACUAUCUAGAAAGGAGGGUUUUAGAUCCAAAUCGGAAGUGCUAUUAAGGAAGGGGGGAAACAUCAAAUUUAUGGGGAGUGUGUGUGAGGGGGAGUCAAAGGUUCGCCCCACCUUAAGCGAUUGCCUAUAUUGAGCAAUGCUCAAUAUAGGCAUUUAAUCUAGAGACCAGAAUGGCUGUAGAGCGAAAUAAUUCAGUACAGGGCAGGAGAUGGUGGGGGGAGGGGGCUUUCCAUCAUUCCAGCAAUUGAUUCAAGAAUUCCCCGAAAGUUUAAUCUAUUUAAGGACGUGCUUGUUUGUUUGUUUUUUAAAAAUACGUUUGCAAACUUUAAGUCAGACUUUCGAUGCAGUGAGAACUUUAAAAAAGCAAUAAAGGGGCAAACAGAUGAUAAAUAUAUUCUAUCUUUAUCUAUGCAAGUAGGUACUGAAACUAGGGAAAAAGUUUUUAAAAUGAAGGAAAAGGAAAACAAAAAGGAAAAAUGAAAAACAACAACAACCAAGAAUCCAUAUGAGAUAUUAAAAAUAUGGACCAACAAACUCGCUGAGGUUUAAAAUCGAGCACUUUUUUGAUUUGGGGGAAACGGACUGUGGUAUAUUUCCCUGGUAUUUAACAAUCACUGACUUUUUGAAACCACCCUUGUAACCCCAAGUAACUUAUUUUCCAAAAU